AUGGAUGGAGAGGACAAAGAGGACAUGGAUGGCAGCUACAUGGAAGGAGAGGACACGGAGGAGGACAUGAAUGAAGAGGACAUGUAUGAAGAGGACGAAGGGGACGAAGAGGACAGGGAUGAAGAGGACAUUGACAACAACAAUGGGGGCAGUAAUGCUAGAUCAUACAUCGAUGACUUCUGUGAUUUGGGAUAUAUAUGGAUGUCGUGGUAG